AAUACCUUUUAGUCGGUUCCUGCGUUGAGGGGUGUAGAUCAAUUCAGAAGGGUGUGUUCUGCGUUCUAAAUUAUUUGAGCUUGCUCUUUAUAUUAACACUGGUGAUUUUCAUUCAAAUGCUAUCGAUCGGUUUUGCCUUAGCCAGGAAUUCGUGGUCGAUAUUGUCGUUACGUCGUCGCGUCAGGUGACACUUUUUAGGCAAACAUCAACGUAACGUUGGCAAAGCCAUCCCAACCGACUGUAUUUCGAGGACGCUGUUGUGCAAAGAAACACAAGUGAUAUAAAGAUAUAUGUGUACUGAUCAGAGAGCUGGUGUAUGUAAGGCCUUCUGUUUUGUCACCUCAAUUGGAAUCAUUGUUCUAUGGCACCAAGAGCUUUCUCGACGCUUCUGUGUGGACGAUACCAGCCAUGAACCUUUCGCCUGCAUCUGGAAUAAGGGAAAGGGCUUCAGUGUGAUGCAUUGCAGCGGCAUGAGGUGUCGCUUAGUGAGUGGAUCGGUAGGUCGGUCAGUCGGUAUACGUAAUGCGCAUAUGUAUGUAUCACUGGGGGAGAGCGAGGUCUCUUGCGUUUCAAGCGAAAGGAAGUGGCUGUAAAGUAGUGCAACCUUCAGGCAGCCAGCUCGCGUAGUUCGUCUAUGAACGGCUAUCAUUCUCGUUCGCGGUCAAGCUCGCGAUCACAAAGUCCCCCAAAACGACAAAGAGUGGUCAAAGAUCGUCAAAGACGUCGCGAACGGGACAGCAGUCCCGCAUCAUGGUAUGACCGAACUAGAGAUCGUCGAGACCGACGGUCGCGGGAACGGCGCAGGAAAAGGGAUGACUCUCAGAGGGAUGGUCAUGGCCACCACACGCACAAUAAUUCAAACAUUGGACUUAAUGCUGUAGGCGGCGGAAGGAAGAGACGACGUAGUCCUGAUAUCGACGAGUUUCGCCCGCGUUGCGACCCCACCCUUGUGCGGUAUUUAUUCAAGAAGGCGAGAUUCUUUAUGAUAAAAUCGAAUAAUUAUGAGAACAUUGCAUUAUCCAAAGCGCGGGGCGUAUGGUCGACUCCGCCGCAGAACGAGGCUAAACUAAAUCAGGCGUACCGCGAAUGCAAAAACGUAAUUCUUGUGUUCAGCGUCAAGGAGUCCGGCCGAUUCCAGGGUUUUGCUCGACUGUCCUCUGAAUCGCGUCAUGAUGUGCCACCUGUAAAUUGGGUGUUGCCGCCGGGCUUAACUGCACGUGCCCUAGGCGGAGUCUUCUAUGUUGACUGGAUCUGUCGCAAAGAACUGCCAUUUAUUAAAUGUCAACAUUUGUACAAUCCGUGGAACGAGGGAAAGCCUGUCAAGAUUGGCCGCGAUGGUCAGGAGAUCGAGCCGCGUUUAGCUGAGGAGCUGUGUCGACUGUUCCAAGUCGACGAGGGAGUAGACCUCGUGGGCAUCAUUAAGAAAGCUCGAGCCGAAAGGGAAAGACUCAAAAGGAAGUUGGCCUCUGGGACAGUAACCGUUGCUGAACGUGAUCGCGAAAGGGAACAAGACAUUAGUGGCGACCGAAGGAGGCGCCGCCGAGAGUAGUCUUCCGACCGAAAAAAGGAACCGAGUACUGGGCGCACAUGAAGCUAUGAAGACAGAAGCGGUUGCAGGAGACGAGGGGAAAAGGGGCAAAGGGGAUGGGGAUUGUGUAGGAAACAAAGAGGGGAGACUUUACCAUUACGGAUUAAGCGUGGGUGGGGAGGCGAAAUUUGUUCACCAUAUUUGACUUUUUUAAAUCAGAAAAUGGACUCCUCAACUAACAAGUCUCCUAUGAAAAUUAUAUAUUAUUGAAAAGAACACGUAGUUUAUGGACACACGUAUUUACCAUGCAUUAGUUUUAAUGGGUCGAAGAUUACUUCCAGGCUGCUUGGAUAUUUGACUAUAAAUAUUUGGCUGUAGUAAAGCUUAGGAUUAGUGAGUAGCUGGAGAUGAUCGCCGAAGUAUAGCCAGAGGUAUUUCGUAUCUUCGGCAACAUUCAAUGUUAGUUUUUGAGGAGUUCAUACGGGAAGUAGUAAGCUAGCUAUGACGUUUCUUUGAAAACAUAUAUUCUUUAAGUAAUGUAUAUCAAUUAACCGCAAUUAGCACUACAUGCUUCGUAGGCACUAGAUGUUCGCUGUGACCCGUGGAGUACCUUUUGAAGUGAGUGCGUUUGAUUUUGGCUAACUUAGUCCAUGUAGUCAGCUUGACCUAGAAUUGAAUAAUAUAAGCUGUCUAUCUGAUAAGCGCUUGAAUAACACGGCGCCACAAUCGACUUGAGAAAGAGGUAUGGUGGACAAUUUAAGAUAAAACUAUAUAUGUAUAUAUAUAUAUAUAUAUAUAUAUAUACACGUAUGUCUUAGGACCACAAAAGUAGCAGGUGACUGAACGUGUAUUAGACCCUCUACUUUGACCUUGCAUAUGAUUUGUACGUAUUAUUGUAAUAUCCUAAUUUAAAAAUUUACGUGCGCGAACAAAUGAUGAGAAUAGUGUGAUGCGAGUAAUUAUGGCGAACCAGAAGCUGAAUAACAACGCGAUCUAUCUCUAUUCAUAGUUAGAGCCUCGCCCGCCGACCCAUCGAUCCAUUUGUUUACCCUUUUGUUUGCCCUAUCUAUCUCUUGAGUUUUAUUGAAUGUACAUUUUUGUAAAUAUGACACUUCUUCUUUUCUAAGAACAGAUUAGCUGCACUGAAAGGAAAAACAGCAGAUUCAUGCACAUUGAGGGACGGAUGUCUCGCCAUCGGUCGAAGAAUGUCGAUGGCGGCAGU